AUGCGACGCUUUGUCAGGUCAGACUUGGGGAAACGAAUAAUCUAUUGUGUUGCCGACGCCGUUCGUAGCAUUGUUUAUCGAAGAACUAUCCGUGCACGCACUUUGUACAGCAGGCAACCAGCGAGAAGAAGCGCUCCAAUGUGUCGAGGAGACCGAGAAACGUAUCAUCUGCCGGGUGUGUUCCCUGUGCUGUCCAAGUUCUCGCGCGAUCUCCUAUUGAACACCCUGCUAGUCCACCUUCCCCGGUGCCUCAAAAGAUGCAAGUGUAUCGUCCCCAACUACUUGAUCAUCUCUGAUAUCAUUGUGCGAUCUAGCACAUCGCCUACGACAGAGAAUGGAUCGUUGCCUCCGACGCCUUCAGCACCAAAGCCUCCGAGUCCCCUGCCGCUCUUGGUACAGUACGGGUUUUACCCUGCCAUCAAUCGCAGGACACCCUCGAGGGAAGUCCUCGACUAUAUAUUUGCACCACCUGUCCACCACAACCCUCAAGCACCAUAUGCACUGUGGGGCGAGCUUGCUCACAAGUUGGAGAACGAUGCGUUCAAGGUGGAAUUCGCUCUCGAUCUUGUGGAAGUUUUCUUCCAGAUCGUCCACACUCGCAUUCCACUCCUCAACCCCCAACAAUUCCGCGACAAUCUACGCCUCGUUGGCGAACCGGUCUGCGCAGAAGACGUUUUACAUCCAGCACUUGUGGCGACUGUGAUCGCAUGGGGCACCAAAUUCUCAGAACACCCGUUACUUGUAGCCGAUCGACGGCGACCUGGCAACCAAAGUCUGCUAGCCAAGGCGCUUGUUGAUCGAGCCCGAGAUCUGGCCGAGGCGCUCAAAGUCCAUCGACUUCCAACAUCGGAUCAUGUGGUCAUCGGGCUGCUGCUGGAACCUUUGCAAAGCCAGAAUCCUGAGGAUCCCAACCGGUUCCACUGUUUCUGGGUCAGUGCUUCUACUCGCCACCUGCUAGACCUUCAGGUGAAUCACAAGUCGGUCCUAACGACCAUUUCCGAUCCCGACGCCCGAGGCACCAUGAUCUUUGCGUUUUGGAUGGCCUGCAUCGCGGACGCCUAUGGGUCUGUAUUCUAUCGCCACAAGCCUGUCCUGGACGACGAUGAUUACGACAUUGACUUUUACACUGUGGAUCCUAUCAACGCGGAAGGUGGCGACUCUCGCACAGAUCCUAGGGAGCAGCUCGAGUUUCUAGGCUACUAUCGUGCUGCGCACUCUCUCGCCCGCACGGCCCGUCAGAUUUCUCGUAAUCUCUGGCGACCGUCAACAGAAUCGGACGGGGUCCCGUUUGAGGUGCUCUACAUGCUAACAUCUGCUCUCAGCACGUGGCGCGACGAUUUCCUGGCGAUAGUGGGAGUACCCAGCAACUUUGAAGGUGAAUGGGACUUCGUGUCGGCCGUGUCCUCGUGUGCCAGCGAUGCGACGUACCACGUGAUGUGGGUUAUCCUCUUCAUGGCGCUCGACGACUUCGGAAUCAAGGAGAUCAAUGAGGUCACACGGAUGAACCAGCCCGUUACCAUGGUCCCCAAUCAUGCGCAAAUAGAUAUGGUCAAGCGCAAGGUUGCAGAGGAGGCUUUACACGGAGCCCUGCGGAUAGCCGGUCUUGCCGCGGUGUUGACUUCGAAUGGCUAUCUGAGACUGGACCCUGCAGUGAUGCUCGCUAGCUGUAUCCAGUCAGGGAAUCUCUUGGCUCGGCUCGGCCGACCGGAGGUGUCGAAUAUCAUCGAGGGCUUGCGCCAGUACAGUUCCUCGUACGAGGAAGCCGGCGAACAAGCCACGGAGAUGCGCCGGGUCUACACGCAGGUGCGGGCCGGCGAGGCGGAGCUGCAGCACAUGGCCAACAGCUUAGUGGCUCCGGACGCCCAGAUGGAAGAAAGCACGGGAAAUGGAAUUCAGGACGCAGAGAUGUAUGAAAGCGCCGACUAUUCCGUCUACUCACGGUAGCGUAACGUUGCAAGUCAAGUCGAAUUUGUUGUACAUUUAGAUGGAUCGGAACAGGCGUUGGAUCGGCUCUCCAAAACACAAAGCGUCCUUGGCAGACUACACACACUAAAUAUGCGACAGAUGGGAUGAUAACGAUGAGAUGACAGCAAGGAGAUGCAUGAGGAUAGAGCGUUAUGUGAUGAGGAUGCAUGAUGUGGUGAGAUCGAAAGCGGGAGAGAAAUGCAUGCAGAAAGAACGUGUCGAAAUGAACACCGAGGCAACUCUGUUGCUCUUUUUAGUCGCAGGUUCAGUUCCCCCCUCGGGAGAUGGCUGUAGACACCGCAGCGGCUAGCUGAGGAUCAAGUUCCUGCCCGCAUUGCCUCAGAUAAUCCGUGACAAAGUUGAAAGCCAGAUUGGCGUGGGCCUUCGAGGGGGGCUGCUCGUCGUCAUUCGUGGUCUGCUGCAUGGGCCAUGGUGCAUUUGCCGAGUGUUGGUUCGACGACAGCUGAUCGGCUGCCAUCUCACCGUUAUGGUUGGGAGAAAUCCAUGCAGCUUCGUCGACAGAAGAUUGUGCGCUCUCCGACUGCGUCAACCAUCCCGAAAGGUUGCCCGGAUCAUCGUGCGACGGAGGCGGCGGUGCAUUCGACAUCAUCCAGCUGGCUGCAUCGACAACGGGCGCUAUCUCAUCCGGUGUAUUGGGACUUUGAGAGACAGGCGCCGAAGAAGGAUGUACACCAGGUGGAGGCUCGACCGGCGCCAUCAGCCAGGAUGGGCCAGUAGCUGGAAUCUCCGUCGAUGGAUCCAUUGGAUCUGGAGAGUGCCGUGGACGAGAGACAGGUAGCGGACCUCCCAGCAGAAUGGGAUCGAGCCCAGCUCCACGACUGGCAGCCGCGCGAACAUUUCGCCCAUGUCCGGACCAGAUUCCACCCUUGAUACCGUGCCGAUGCUUGAAAUUUUCCACCCAUCCUGCACUGGCUUUGAAACGGUCUUCACCGAUGCCUAACUUCAGGGCGACUUCGCGAGCCUUGAUCCGGAUGAAGGCAUCAGUCAGGGGAGCGUUGUUGUCCCGAGCGGCAAGCAGCACAUCCAUCAUAUCCGUUUCGAUUUCAGGAAACUUGGACGGCCUUCAAUGGGGUCAGCAUCGGCAAUCGAAACACGAGUUGUCAAAGACUCACCUGUGCUUGGCAAUCUUCAGUUCCUCAUCGACAGGGACAUUUAACCAUUUUGUCUUGUUCUUCAGGAUCUUGCUAAUGGUGCUGCGUUCAACACCAUAUUGACGAGCGAUGUCCUCCUGCCGAGCGGUGGGAUGGCGUACAGCGUAUUCACAAAUGGCUUUUCUAUCCAUGUUGAAGAGGCGCUGCUUUUUUUGUUUCUGGCGUAGCGGACCGAGUUGCGGACUGGCCGACGCGCUGGUGCUCGCGGAUCCAGAGAGCGGAGAGCCAGAAGUGGAAGAGAGACCGAAGGAGGAGGAGGAGCUCGUGCUAUUGGGCGCUCUGGUCGGAGCUGAUGCCGAUGACACGGACGUCAGCGCGGAGACAGUACUGAGCGCCGGAGAUGCUGCGCGAUUUGUCGCUGCGGAAAGGGAGUUGGCACGAGAAUGUCCAAAGAAACUGUAGGUAGUGUAAGGUGAAGAAGUCGUAGAGGGCGUGAGUGGAUUGUUGUAAGGCGAUUGCAUUCCCUGCGGCAUGCUGAGAGGAGAAAGCCCAGAAGGGGUGAACUCGCGUCUUGUCUGGGCUUGAUUGAAGUCGUGAUGAGCGAUACUCGCCUCCAUGCCCGAAUUGGGCGGAGUCUGAGGGCGAGAGGCAGAAUUUGGCAUGUACAUG